AGCGAUCCUUCCACCUCAGUCCCCUGAGUUGCUGGGACAACAGGAGUGAGCCACAGCGCCCAGCUCUGUACUCAUAAUUUGACAAUUAUGUUUCUAUUUCCCCAGAACCUCAAGAAAAUAAGUUCAGGUGACUCCUGGAGACCGCACCCCCGAGUUAUUCUGAGAGUACCAACCCUAUUGAAUGAGAUACCUGCAUUCAUUCACUCACACCCUCUCCCACCACCACCCCUUCAUCAAGUGGCUCUCCACCCAAUGAGGAGGGGCUUUGGGCUGGGUCUAAAGAGCUGGGUCGAGACCCCACCAGGCUGUAUCUCCGCCAUUGUCCCCAAGGCUGAGGGUGGGCGCUUCGGUGGGGAGGAGUGGUCUUUGGAAGCCCGCCCUGGCGGGGAGGAGCUCCCGGCUCAGGCCCCGCCCGCGCGGAGGCUCUUGGGGCGGGUCUGGGUCCCCUCCUGAGACGUGAGCACCCACUCCGCCCGCCCCCCAAAUCCCUUCCUACCGCGGCUUGAUCCGGCUCAGCUCCGAGGUGUUUGCAGCAGCUCUUUCUGAAAGUCCAGCCAUCUGUUACCUGCGUGGCGUCCUGGGGAGGGAUAGUCCACCCCGGGGCACUCGGAGACCGGCUGCGUGAGAGGAGGGACUCAUCUUCUUGUCUGGAAGAGAAAGAGCUGGCAUUGAGCUGGAGAGGCUGGACAUGUCUGAGGAACUGCCCUGCCGGGGCAAAGAGACUCCUGCCCCCGGCAGCAGACUGGGGGCCCUGUACUGGGCCUGUGUGCACAAUGAUCCCACCCAGCUCCAAGCCAUACUAGAUAGCGGGGUCUCCCCAGAGGAGGCCACCCAGGUGGACAGCAAUGGGAGGACAGGCCUCAUGGUCGCAUGCUACCAUGGCUUCCAGAGUGUGGUGGCCCUGCUUAGCCACUGUCCCUUCCUCGAUGUGAACCAGCAGGACAAAGGAGGGGACACGGCCCUCAUGUUGGCUGCCCAAGCAGGUCAUAUGCCUCUGGUGAGUCUCCUGCUCAACUACUACGCGGGCCUGGACCUGGAACGCCGGGACCAGCGGGGGCUCACAGCGUUAAUGAAGGCUGCCAUGCGGAACCGCUGUGAGUGUGUGGCUGCCCUUCUCAUGGCAGGUGCUGACCUGACAGCGGUGGACCCUGUUCGGGGCAAGACAGCUCUGGAAUGGGCGGUGCUGACCGACAGCUUCGACACGGUGUGGAGGAUUCGGCAUCUGCAGCGGCGGCCUCAGGUGGAGCAGCUUAGCCAGCACUACCAGCCCGAGUGGCCCGCCUUGCCCGGGCUCGUGGCCCAGGCCCAGGGUGCGCCUUCACUCCUAGAGCGGCUGCAGGCUACCUUGAGCCUCCCCUUUGCCCCGUCCCCUCAGGAGGGGGGUGUUCUGGACCACCUUGUGACUGCCACCACCAGCCUGGCCAGUCCUUUCCUCACUACUGCCUGCCACACUCUGUGCCCGGACCACCCACCUUCCCUAGGCACCCGAAGCAAGUCUGUGCCAGAGCUGCUAGGUACUGCCCCGCCCCCUCCCCUGGUCCCCCAGUCCCCACCAGGGAGUCCCCAGAGGUCCCCCUGGGUCUUCGUCCCCUACCAGAGCCCUCAGGGCAUAUUGAGCAAGUGCCCUCAGUGGCUACGGCCCCGUGAUAGCACCAGCCCCAGGCCCCAAGUCCUCAGGAUCCUCCUCUCCAAGGCAUCCUCAUCCCCCGACCAGUGCCAGCCGAAGCCCAGUCCUGCACGACAUCAAAGCCUGGCCCUUCCUCUCUGGCGAUACCAGGAGCUCAGGAUGGAGAGGAGGAAGCAGGAGGAGGAGGACAGAAUGGCCCAGAAGUAGGAGAAGAUGGACUAGAACAGGCUGGGAACAGGUUAUCAGGCCCCUCCCCAGGCUUCUUUCCCCUCUGGAGCACCUCCUGCCACCCCAUCCUCCUCUGCCUAAGUAAAUCUGCUCUCCACCCAUAUACAAGGCCAUUCAUUCCAGCAUCGUUUGCAAGAGUGAAAGAGUGGAAACAAGCAAAGUGUCCAUCAAUAAGGGACUGGCUAGAUGGAUUAUGGAUGUAAUUGCUGUACACCUAUACAGUGCAUGCUCUACAGCACACUCUAAAAUAAGACCAAGGAAGCUGUUUAUAUUCUUAUAUAAAACUGCCCUCAAGAUGUAUAAGGUAAAAGUAGCUGAGGAGUGGAACAGUGUGUAUGGCGUGUUAUUAUUUGUCCGAGUAAAAUGUUCACGAAGAUAAA